AUGAAUAUUAGGACAAGAAAAUCCAAUCAUCGGGCUGUUAAUGUAAAGUCCGAUGUUGAUGAGACUGGAUAUGACUUGGAUUACUUCCUUCCACUGCUUAAAGAGAAAAAGGCAACAAUUAGACAGAGUGCUUUGAACAAUUUAAUCAAUAUAUUCAUUUACCAGAAUAGAAGAGAACAGAUACAUGAACUGGAUAUACAGUUUGCCAAUGCUCUGUGUGACUUGAUUGUGGCUGGUAAGGACCAGACAGAGGUACAACUGGCACUGCAUGCUCUUAGGUUGGUGGCGAUUCAUGAUGGUUUGGAUAGAAUAGAGUUCUUCAGGACUGUUAGAGGUGCCUUGUCACCAUUGAUAGAUGAAUCAGAAGAUUACCUGAACCCUCAUACAAUGGCUGGUUGUCUGGAUGCAUUGGCUGUCAGUUGCUUCGUCAACGCCCCUCUUGCUGACACCUACGAGAAUACGAUUGAUUUGUUCGAGGAGGUAAUCAACAAUCACAAGAACAAACAGGUUUUGAACAGGGCUAUACGUGGUUGGCUAUUGAUGCUCACCAGAUAUGAGCCUGCUCAGAUCAACACUCAUCUCAGCAUGCUGGACCGAAUUACCGAACUAUCAAGCUCCUCAUUUCAUGAACUAUCAAUCACAUGUGCAAUUGCUAUUGCAUUCUUGGUUAGUGAGAUGGAUAGUGAUGCAUUGGAGGCUGCCCAACAACAAGAGAAUGAUGCUGGAGAUGAGGAAGGAUCAUUAGAGGAUGACUAUGAUUAUGAGGAGGAAGAGGAACACUACUCACACAAGCAUCAUGGUAAACAAAGUGCACAACAUGUGGCCAGAGAGGAUGCUGGUGAAGAGGAUGAUGCCCAAGAUGACGAUGAAGAAGAUGAUGAUGAAGAGGAGGAUGAUGAUGAGAACUCAAUCAUUAGUCUUGUGGAGAACUUGGUAAUCAACAAUCAUGAGAAGGGCAAGAAGAAGUUCAAGUCCAACUCGUUGCUUAGACAGAUCGUCCAGACGUUGAAGCAAGGAUCCAUGCCAAGGGAGAUGCUCAAGAUCGACGACCAACCAUUCUACUUUGAAGGCUGGCGCAAGUACAUCCAGCUCCACGAGAUCAAGAAGACUCUAAAGAGUGGCUCGUCCAUCCAGUGGGGCUACAAUCGUGAUCUCCGAGCUCUGUUUAGUAUCCACAUGCGAUCACACCUGGAGAACUCCCUACUGCUCUUCGAGCAAAAGGCCCUCCUGUCGCCCAAGUCAUCACGAUCCAAACAGCGAACACAAGACCUACAACGAGAUCGCCGCAACGCAUCCAAUGUAAUUUCCUACCAUCACCAAGAA